AUGGCUCCUCCACCUCCCUCGAACUUGCCACUUCCUGAGAGGCUAAAGGCUCUCGUUCAAACAUUGCAACACGUGACGCUUCUCAUCUCGGUUUUCCGUUACUUGUUGUCCUACGUCACCUUCAACUACUACUCCUCCGCUGCACAGGUGUCUUAUCGCCUGGCGUUUAUUGCGGCUGCCGGGACAUAUGGAAUUGUGGUAUACAAGGCACACAUCGCCCGAGGCCGUCUGCAGGGCAGCGUUCCCACUAUCGCGUUGAAGCUCGCUGGAGAUGAAAAUGUCCAGUACCUUGCUUACAAAGUUACGUCAGGAAUGGCUUUGGUCUGGCUCUACUCUCGCCAGAUCCCUCUCGCUCUCCUUCCCUUCACCGUGUACUCCGUUUUCCACGUUGCCACCUACACCCGUGCCCACUUGAUUCCUACCCUGCAGCCCCCUAGCCAGGCUGCGGCUGGCGCAGCCUCUCCGUCCUCCCCUGGCUCCCCCAAGCCUGCUGCGAAGCAGUCUCCUUUGGCAGAUACCAUUGGAAGAUUCGUCAAGCAAUAUUACGAUACCAGCAUGGAUCUUGUUGCUGGGCUCGAAAUGGCGCUCUUGUUCCGAUUGGUGGUGUCCCUACUCACCUUCUCCAAGGGUAGCAUCGUCCUCUUUUUCCUCUAUCUGGCUUUCUUCCGCGCCAGAUAUUCCCAGAGCUCUUUUGUCCAGCAGGCUGUCCGUCAUUUCACCGCCAGAGUCGAUGCCUCAGUCUCUCACCAGAGCACUCCUCCCGCAGUUCGCCAGGGCUGGGAACAGUUCAAAAACUUCGUGCGUCAGGGAUACGAGGCCACGAAUCUGAGCCGCUACACCUCCGGCGCUGCUGCCAAGAAGCCUCAGUAA